UCUUCUAUCCUAUAUGCUUUCUUUUCCAAGGGAACAAGCGGAAAGCACUCUCUCUUACCCUCUGUUUUAGCAUUCCGAAAACCAGAAAAACACAUCUUCCCUUUAAAAGCUAUGGCUUCUUCCACAGCUGCUUGGGCCAAAGCCCAGAUUUCCCAGCCUCUUUCCUCCUCCUCCUCAACGGCAGAUUUUGGCUGCUUUCCAACAUCCAUCUCCAGGAAGAAACCGCAGCUCAACAAAACAAUCAACAACAUUAUUCACUCAUCAGCUUUUCACUCACCUUCGCUUCUCCAUUUCCCAAAACAACCAUACCAAAACCCCAUAAUCCCCAGAGAAGACGCCUCCGUAAAUGAAAAACCCAAAACCCACCACCUGCCACAGUGGAAUCUCCUCCAAAGAGCUGCAGCCAUGGCCCUUGACAUGGCUGAAAACGUGUUGGUGUCACGCGAGCAUCAACACCCACUUCCUAAAACCGCUGACCCACGUGUGCAAAUCUCCGGAAACUUCGCCCCCGUCCCUGAACAACCUGUCAAGCAAUCUCUUCCCAUCAUCGGCACCAUCCCUUCUUGCAUCAACGGCGUUUAUCUCCGCAACGGCGCUAACCCUUUAUUUGAGCCAGUUGCAGGUCACCACUUUUUUGAUGGUGACGGCAUGGUACAUGCCGUUUCCAUUGAUAAUGGCAACGCCAGCUACGCUUGUCGUUUUACAGAGACGCAAAGACUUUUACAAGAAAAAGAAUUGGGCCGCCCCGUUUUCCCUAAAGCAAUUGGUGAACUACAUGGCCACUCAGGGAUUGCCAGGCUUUUACUUUUUUAUGCGAGAGGGCUUUUUGGCCUUGUUGAUCACAAACAAGGCACUGGAAUAGCUAACGCUGGCUUAGUCUAUUUCAAUAACCGACUUCUAGCUAUGUCCGAAGAUGAUCUUCCUUACCAAGUACGCAUCACUUCCUCAGGUGAUUUGGAAACAGUUGGAAGAUACAACUUUGAUGGUCAACUUAAAUCCACAAUGAUUGCACAUCCCAAAAUUGAUCCUUUUUCCAAGGAACUCUUUGCUUUGAGUUACGAUGUUGUCCAAAAGCCUUACUUGAAGUACUUCAGGUUUUUACCUGACGGUAGAAAAUCGCCUGAUGUUGAGAUUCCUCUAUCCGUGCCAACUAUGACGCAUGAUUUUGCCAUCACUGAGAAUUUCGUGGUGAUCCCUGAUCAGCAAGUGGUGUUCAAGCUACAAGAAAUGAUUACCGGUGGGUCUCCCUUGAUUUAUGACAAGAACAAGAAGUCACGGUUUGGGAUUCUUUCUAAAAAUGCAAGUGAUUCUAAGGAUAUCAUAUGGGUUGAAUCGCCUGAUACUUUCUGUUUUCAUCUAUGGAACGCUUGGGAGGAGCCGGAAUCGGAUGAAGUUGUGGUGAUUGGUUCUUGCAUGACACCUCCAGACUCUAUUUUCAACGAAUGCGACGAGAGUUUAAAGAGUGUAUUGUCCGAAAUUCGGCUUAAUUUGAAGACAGGUGAGUCCACGCGCCGCCCAAUAAUCUCAGAAUCGGAGCAAGUAAACUUGGAAGCUGGGAUGGUGAACAGGAACCGGCUUGGAAGAAAGACACGGUACGCUUAUCUAGCCAUUGCUGAACCAUGGCCAAAAGUGUCAGGAUUCGCCAAGGUUGAUCUUUUUACUGGGAAGAUAGAAAAACACAUUUACGGUGAUGGAAGAUAUGGUGGGGAGCCAUUUUUCUUGCCUGGAGACGUCCAUUGUGAAUCAGCUGAAGAUGAUGGCUAUAUUCUUUCCUUUAUUCACGAUGAGAACACUUGGAAAUCAGAGCUUCAAAUUGUGAACGCCAUGAAUUUACAGCUCGAAGCCUCAAUUAAAUUACCUUCCAGGGUUCCAUACGGCUUUCAUGGAACGUUUAUAGAGGCUAAGGCCUUGGUCAAUCAAGCUUGACUAGACGUAAAUUAAGUUCAAAAAAUGAAAAAAAAAAAAAGAAGGAAAAGUUUUAUCGUACAGGGAUAUUUUUACCAGCGGGAUGGUUCAGAGUACAACUCCCCGAAUGCUCCUGGAAAUUUAUUUCUUAGGUUAGAUAGAUAUAGGGUCCCCCCCCCCCUUGGUUAUAGGUUUCAAGGAACCAACUUGUAGCUUUCUAGCACGUGGCUAUAGAAUUUGAGCUCAGCUGGUUUCGUUUCCUUCGUUCAUGUAAUUUCAUCUGUGUUAGUUAAGUUUCCACCUCUACGUUGUAUAGAUAAUAAAUAUUUACAGUUUUUUUAAUUUGUA